UCAAGGAGGGAGUAGUCGGUAAAUAUGUGAAGAAGGAAACUCCACCCGAGAUGCCGAUUAUCAACGUGUGGACGACAGAGCCGAACAAAAGGCAGAGACGGCGUAACAACCAUUCAAUGAUGCCAAGUUCUACGCAAUCCUGGCCAAGAAUCAUUGAAACAUAUAAGGAGACAGUUGAAGAUGUUGAUUUUUAUCGAUGCUUCUCUCGUGUCAUAGUCCAUAUCCCCACAACCUAGUAUGGUGCAAAAGUUUGGAAAUACAAAGACCACGACCAGUGCAGUCGGUCUGGGCAGCCACGAAGGAAAAUAUACGCCAAACACUUCUGUUCCUGAUUUAGCUCAAAGAUUUACUCACCUUUCUGUUAAUAUUGGAAUGAAUGACGGCAUGUGUUCGAGAACCGCGACACCCAUGUACCAUCCCGAACUAUCACCUGCAAUGUCACAUACUUAUAUCAAUCAAUACGCUGGAUCCGAGUACCAUUUGGACAGGGUCCAAACACCACAGAUGCCUUAUAUGCCUUUCGAUGUCGAUGCCGGCUACGAGGAAUAUAAUCAUUCCGUUUAUCGUCACAAUGCUGGCUACAGUAGAUGUUAUUCGGAAAGAUCGAGUUCUCGGAGUGAGCAGCAGCAAGACGAGUUGCCUUUGCCACCUGGAUGGUCAGUCGACUUUACGCUCCGUGGCAGAAAGUAUUACAUUGAUCAUAACACCAAGACUACGCACUGGUCGCAUCCACUUGAGAAAGAAGGUCUUCCCACGGGAUGGGAAAGAAUCGAGUCUCCCGAAUAUGGCGUUUAUUACGUCAACCAUAUUACACGCCAGGCGCAAUAUGAACAUCCGUGUUAUCCACACGAGAUGCAAGCAGUGCGGGUCGUACCACCGCGGCAUACUCACUUUCACUCUCACAGCGUCCUGGUGCCAGCCAAUCCUUAUCUCAAUGAAGAGAUACCACACUGGCUGUAUGUAUACAGCAGGGCCUCAAUAGCCUUAGACCGCAAGCUGCGUUGGGAGUUGUUUCGCUUGCCCGAAUUGGACUGUUUCAACGCCAUGCUCACCAGAUUGUACAAACAGGAACUGGAGGAGGUUGUGAUGCGUUAUGAGGAGUACAGAUCGGCGUUGCUAUGCGAAAUGGAACAGAGACUGAAGGAAUUGAAUCCAGAAUCUGGCGGUUCCAAUGUUGGCGCUGUUGCCUUACGAAGAUCUCUUCCUUGAAAGAGAAAAAGUUUGCUGAAAGAUUGUUAUAUAUUGUACGUUUCUUUCUUGACUGUCCAAGGAAAGAUUCCUUGGAAACAUUACGACGAGUGUGAUUAAUAUAGCUCUGUAUUUUGUAUACAUGUAGAUAGUGUAAAGCCUUACAAAAUUUGCCUUUUGCUAAUACAUAUUAUUCAAUAUUACAAAAGAGAAA